AUGGACCAACAACAAGCGGCACAGGUCCUCCAGUCGCUCCAGGAACUACAGACCGAGGUCAAUCGACUAAGAGGCCGAGAAGCUGAACUGACAGCACAGGUCGCUUCUUUUGGUGCCGGUUCGGCUGCUUCAGCUGGACCUGGCAGUGCGCUGGCACAGUUGGUGCAGUCACAAAAGGAGCUUGUGGACGCCCUUAGAUCGAAAGAACAAGUCCGGUUGGUCGACAACAAGGGCCUUGGCAAGCCCGACAAGUUUGAUGGGACAGCCGAAAGAUUCUUGUCAUGGAAAAUCAAGACGUCCUCCUAUCUUGCAAGUGUUCGCAAAGACCUUCGUGAGAUUCUGGUUUGGGCCGAAGAUUGCGAUCAUGCAAUCACUGCAGAUGACAUCGACAAGGCUUUUGGGAGUCAAGCAGAUGCCAUUGACCAGGUGUCGAACAUCAGUGAAUUGAGACGCGAGCUUUGGGACGCGCUGCUAAUGCUGACAGAGCGUGAGCCCUUUGACAUCGUGCUGAACACCGGGGAAUGCGGCAUCGAAAGCUGGAGAAAGCUCACGCGGAGGUACGACCCAUCCACUGGUGGUCGCAAACGCGCUCUCCUCAAUGCAAUCUUGUCACCGGCUCGGUCCAAGAUGGAAGAUUUGCCGUCCAACCUGGAGAAGCUUCUUGACAGCAUCAGACUUUAUGAACGUCGCAAAGACGCAUCUGGCAACCGAACGAUGUUGGCAGAAGACAUCAAGAUCAACGUGAUUGAACGAUUGGUGCCGGCAGAGCUCGAGCGUCAUCUCGUUCUCAAUCGAGAUCGCUUCAAGACGUUCGAGUCCAUGCUGUCCGAGAUCCAGUCCUAUGUGGAACAUGCCACCGGCAACAAGAUCAAGGUGGUGAAUAGCCAGCCCUACGACGCACAUGGCCGUGGGGACGAUCCUAUGGAUGUCGGAAGCUUUGGAAAAGAUGCGAAGGGAAAAGGUAAGGGCAAGAAGGGAGCUGGAGGAAAACCUGGAAAGGGAAAUGCAACAGCUGAGAAGAGAACAUGUCACAACUGCGGACGCCCAGGACAUCUGCGGGCAGAUUGCUGGGCACCUGGAGGAGGCAAAUCUGUGAACAAUGUCGAACAAGGUGAACCAGAAGCAGAAGACUGGGACGCAGCUGAUGGCGACGAUGGUCAACAAGCAGCAAAUGGUUUAACGCUCUAUGGCGUUGAUGGGCCACCACAUGACGAGGAUGACGACGAAAGUUUCCAGGUCGAUCCCGAGUCCGAGGAGUCGGAAGCCUCGACAAGUCGCAGAAGGUGGUUUUCUUUGCCUCACCCACGUGCGUCAUGGCCUGAAGAGUGGGACGACCCCGACUAUGAUGGACCGAGUGGAUCGAGUGGCUCAAGACCCCUUCGGUCGCUUCGACUGGAGGAGGUCACCGAGCACGAGACCACUACAUCCAAGUCCGCGUCUUCCAAGGCACCUCGAACGCCACAGGGAAGACCCAAGAGGGGCAGAAGUCCAAAGAGCUCAACACCAAAGAGAGGCAAAGCAAGCAGAUCAGGGCCAGUCACUCCGGAGUCAGCACUCCGACGCUUUCGAAUGACUUCGAUGACACCACCACCAAGGAGAAGGUUGAGGCAUGGGCCACAGACUCCAGAAGAACUUCUUCGUAGCUCUACACCUUUGCCAAAGACACCACCGACACCUAUAGCAUGGCCUGCAUCACCUCCACAACAGCCGAUAGCCUCGCCCAAGACUCCACCAGGACCACCACCAGGAUGGCAAAGCCAAGUAGCUUCACCCAAGACUCCGCCAUGUCCACCACCGGGAUGGCAAAGCUCUCAGGUGAAGCCACCACCACCUGUCAAGGCAUCAUCGGCAGCCUCGACUUCAGGUUCUCGACUUGUCCAGAUGCUGAAGGCUGCGCUGAGUUCGCAAAUCCGCAAAGCCCAAGAGGAAGAUCCUGGCUCAGGAGAUGGCCAGUCAGAUGCGAUGUUAGCGGCUUUGAGGAACAGAUCUGUCAAGGCACCGCACAUCACAAAGCAGAACAUCAGCGAUCCUUCUUUCCACGACUCGAGAUACCAUGCCGAGAUUGCCAAAGGUGUUGCACACAAUGUGGCCUGGAGAAAUGAACGUUUGAGAAGACGUGCAAUCGUCCACCGACGAGGAGGAGUCAAGGCACGUGCGGCUGAAAGGAUUCGACUUGACAAAGAAUGGCAUGAACGCUUUGACAACCCAGAAAAUCCAGAAGGCAUAGUGAGAAUCGAGGAUGAAGACAACUUGGAUGCGGGCAUCGAGACGGUGGUUGUGGGCAAAGCUGGUCAGAGCACAGUGAUAGAGUUUUCAAUGGAAGAGCGGAAAACUUUGAGGCAGUUCCCGGACGACGAGGCCAAGUUGCUGCGGAAGGAUCCCAAGAAGAAACCCAUGACCAAGCGUGUUCGAAGCGUUGGGUACAGGGUGAAGAAGAAUCGCAACCGCAAUGUGGCGCGCAAGAUGGCGAGGAAGAACCGACCAGCCUUGCCUCGAGACCGACCAGGCAGAGGAGACCCCGAUGGUGGAGCUGGAUCGGCUCCUGCUGCAGUCUACAGCUUGGGGGCCUCUGACGACUGGCGAAAAUGGGAACGAGCAGAGUUGAACAUCGACACCGGUGCUGCCAUCACUGCAGUACCACUUGACUUCGCCAAGGACUACCCGAGGAGCGAGUCCAAUGGAGCAAGCUACAAGGCAGCCAAUGCGGAACCCAUCGAAGAUCAGGGAAGUGUGAAGCUGGUGGGAUACGACGAAUCUGGCAACAAGAUCCCAAUCGAUUGCCGAGUUGCAGAUGUGCAUCGGCCACUUCUUUCAGGUUCCGAGAUCGCCAAGAACUACCACAUCGCCCUUGGACCAUCUUCGGGGAGAUUGAUCCCAAGAAACACUCCUGCGGGACGGGCCUAUUCGAAGGCCAUGAAAGAUCUGAUCCGAGAUUAUGGCGAUUCAAUGCCCAUUGUGCACAAUCGCCGAGGCAUCUAUGUGUUGGACUAUUGGGAUCCAGCUGUUUCAGCCGGAGCCGAUGCCAUGGAAGAUGGAGGCGAUGUUUCAGCCGCUUCGGCCGGAGCAGGGUCCUCAGGCGAUGUUCCAGCUGCUUCAGCCGGAGCAGAUGCCUUUGAAGAUGAAGUUGAUUUGGAAAUCGGUGAAGAACAGAGGAAAGCCAUUGUGAAGAAAGAACCACAUCAACCAUCCCAAGCUGAAGUUGACGAACAUGAAAGCACUGGACAUGUUGUCCAUCGGAGCUGGUGCUUGCACUGCAAAAGGGCACGUGUGACUGCUGAUCGCCAUGUGCCUAAGGAACUUGAUGAGCCAGAAACGCAGUUGCCCACGCUGAGCCUGGACUACUUCUAUAUGAACCAGGACCAGGUUGCGGAUGAGGCGACCCUUCCGAGCAUUGUGGCGAAGUGCCACAAGACCAAGAGAUUUUGGGCGAGCGUUCUCCCGGGAAAAGGGGCGGAUGCGUUCGCAAUCGCGCCGAGGGCCAAUCGUGGGGGCAAGAGAAAUGACCUUGCUCCAAGGGUAUCCAUUGGGAUGUACGUUGGAACUGGAAACAGAAAUUCAGACGUCUUUGUCAUGACGGAACGUGGAAUCAUGAAGGGGAACUCGAUCCAUCGACGCCCACCUGACGAUCAGUUCAAACAUGAUCAGUUUGACUCGCUACGUGGCCUUCCUUGGAGGUUGCAAGAACGAGAACAUGGUGGACUGAGGAUCGCCCUUCCCGAUGUUGCAGCGCCUCGUGAAAGGCCUGCAGUGCAAGAAGUGAUCCCAAGGAACCUCUAUGUCACCAAGAAUGACUUGGAAAAGCAUGGGCACACACCUUUGUGUCCUGGAUGUGAAGCAGCAAUACUUGAGAUGCCAAGCCGAGCUCACAAUGCUGAGUGCAGACAAAGAAUCCAGAUCGAACUUGACAAGACUCCAGAAGGUCAAGAAAGGAUCAAAAGAGCGAGAGAGAGAGUUGCACAAGGCAGGCGCCCAAGAGGCGCGGCUGCACCGCCUGAGGGUGGUGGGGCAGAAGGUGGUGAAGCUGCACCACCAGUUGUCCCAGGAGGGGAAGUUGAACAACCAGUCUUGCAAGACCGUGUUCCUUUGGAUGCGGAAAUGGAUGCAAGUGAGGCUGUUGGUGAACCACUGGUCGACACCGAUUUUCGUGGAGAACUCAGACAGAGAGAACAAGAAAGAGAAGGAAGCCCAAAGAGGCAGAAACAAGAACAAUCCCGAGGAGAGAAAAGGAGUUCACAAGUCGACGUUGAAGAUCUUUACAAUGAAUCUUCAGCUCAGGCUUCAGGGUCAGCCGGACCACCGGCACCGGAUGCUUCAUCUGGUGUUCCGGAAGGUGCUGCCGCUGCACCAACAAGUCCUGAGACAAACCAGGAGAUGCUACAUCUGUGUUCCUUGCUCAAAGAUGUGAUCGCAAAAGGGAAGGUUGCUGAGAUCUUCUCUCCACCGCGUGUGGCUGCACAAGCCCAAGUGGUCGGGCUAGCACCUGGCUUCUCGAUUGACUUGGAGACAAAGCGUGGUGAUGGAACUCACUGGGACUUGAGUAAAGAUGAACACAUUCGUGAUCUGUUUCAACUGCUUGACUAUGAGAAACCAGAGUUCCUCGGCGGCUCACCUCCCUGUGGGCCAUUCUCGAAGCUGCAAAACAUUGUGGAUGCGAAGGGCAAUGUUUCACCUGAAGUUCGAGCGCAGAGACUAAAAGAUGGUCGCAAACAUCUGCGCACGGCAGUUUCAGCGUAUGAGCAUCAAAUGAAUGCUGGAAGGUACUUCUACCAUGAGCACCCUAAAGGGGCCGCUUCGUGGGAAGAGAGAGCUGUGAAGAGACUGAGGGCAGAUGAACGGGUGUAUGAGGAGGAGUUUUGGAAGCAGCUGCCCGACAGCGAUGACACCAUCGUGGAGCCAGUGCUUGACGCACACUCCGGUGCUGUCUUGGAUGUUGACAAGGUCAGAGCCUCGAGCACUCUUCAGAGCACGAUCAGCUUGAGUUCCGGUGAAGCGGAAUACUACUCGAUCGUUCGAGGAGUUUCCAUCGGAAUGCAGCAGUACUUCCGUCCACUCUACAGGGUUGGAAAGUGGCGUGCGGACUACAACAUGCGGUUGGCUCGUCGAACGAAGCUCCGACGGAUCAAGGAGAAGUUCGAACAAGCCUGGGACCAGUGGAUGCGCUCUGAGGGACGACGACUGGGACUGACGGAGCCCGUCCGUUUCAGUGGACCCAAACUGGGAGCCGAGCUCACUGAAGAGUUGGAUGCUGCCACCGAUCCGGAGGACGUGAUGAAGGCGCUCCCCACCAAACAGGAGUUGAGGAUGAACAAGAAAUAUCGGACCAAGGGUUGGAGCAAUUAUUUGCCGGAAGACAUGUUCCCGGGACAAUACAAUGAUGAUGGAGAGGACAGCCUUCACAAGUUGUUCCGCCGUCCACUCCACAAGUACCCUUACGACAUCAGCAAGCGUGGCACCAACCAUGUUGUGAGGGGCAUUGUCUUCUAAGACAGCUCAACAAAAGAUGAACACAUCAAAA